AUGGAAAAUUUUGAAAUCUUUCUCGCCAUUGUAACAUGCAGUCUCUUUUGUUAUUUAUGGUGGAGGCACCAGUACUCCACGGCCUCCCGUAGGAAGAGAAUCCUCCCACCAGGGCCACCAGGUUGGCCGAUUGUUGGCAACCUCUUUCAAGUCAUCCUUCAAAAACGUCAGUUCAUGCAUGUCGUAGGUGACUUGCGUAAGAAGUAUGGUCCGAUCUUCACCUUGCAAAUGGGCCAACGUACCUUAGUCAUCGUCACAAGCUCAGAUCUCAUCCACGAAGCCUUAGUUCAAAAGGGUUCGAAUUUCGCUAGCAGGCCACCAGACUCCCCUAUCCGACUACUCUUUAGUGUUGGGAAAUGUGCCAUCAAUUCAGCGGAGUAUGGCCCUCUCUGGCGCACCCUGAGACGUAACUUUGUAACCGAGUUGAUCAACCCGACCCGGAUCCGACAAUGCAGUUGGAUCAGGAAAUGGGCCAUUGAAGAACACAUGAAAACACUAGAAUCUGAAAACUCACAACAUGGGUUCAUAGAGGUGAUGAGUACUUGUCGACUCACUAUUUGUAGCAUUUUGAUAUGUUUGUGUUUUGGUGCAAGAUUUUCAAAGGAAAAGCUAAAAAACAUAGAGAGCAUAGUCAAAGAUGUGAUGAUCAUCUCCAUGCCGAAGCUGCCGGAUUUAUUGCCUGUGCUCCUCCCACUCUUCCGACGUCAACUGGUGGCUGCUAAGGAGCUACGAAAGAGACAGAUGGAGUGUAUGGUCCCAAUAAUAAGGGCAAGAAAAGAAUUUCUUGAGAAAUGUGAAGAUAACAUGAAAAGCCCUACUGUAAACCACCUAAAAGUGGAUGACUUGGAGAUGGUGAGUCCUCCUGGUGCUGCGUACAUUGACUCGCUUUACAAUCUUCAACCACCAAGUCGGGGGACGUUAGGGGAGGAGGAGCUCGUAACACUUGUGACUGAAGUGAUCCUCGCCGGAACAGACACCAGCGCCACCACAAUCGAGUGGGCUAUGUUUCAUUUGGUGACGAAUCAAGAAAUCCAAGAAAAGCUUUACAAUGAAAUAGUUGGAAAAGUUGGUGUAAAUGGGGUGAUUGAAGAGAGUGAUGUGGAGAACAUGGAGUAUCUAGAUGCGGUGGUGAAAGAGACUUUCCGUCGACGUCCACCUGGCCACUUCACACUAUCACACGCGGCCACUCAGCCGACGGAGCUCGGUGGGUACGUGAUUCCGACGGGCGUGAACGUGGAGUUCUACACAGCCUGGUUGACUGAGGAUCCAGAUGCAUGGGAAGAUCCGGAGGAGUUUCGGCCUGAGAGAUUCUUGGAGGGCGGAGAAGGGGCAAGUGUGGACAUAACAGGGAUGAAGGGAGUGAAGAUGCUACCGUUUGGUACUGGACGGAGGAUUUGUCCGGCGUGGAGUUUGGGUACGUUGCAUAUUAACAUGAUGCUAGCAAGGAUGAUUCAUACAUUCAAGUGGGUCCCGGUGCCGGAUAACCCACCCGACCCGACUGAAACUUUUGUUUUUACUGUAGUCAUGAAGAAUCCUCUCAAGGCAACGAUUUUGCCCAGGCACAAAUCUUGA